AUGGGUGAGAUUGAUACCAAACCAAUUGAAUCAGUCCAGGCUGCUUUGUCCUUGUUUGAAGAUAAAGCUGAUCACCGGAGACCCCAUCCUACCGGCACCGAUAGUGAGAAAGAGAGAGAAAUUGAAGGUAUACUAAAGGAUUUGGCCAAUUACAAGGUCCAAUUGGAAGCAAAGGAUGCUGCCUACAUGCAAGCUCUCCUUAAGCUGCAACACCAUCAGUACACAGCAGAUGAGCUUUCCACUCUGCUUCAAAGCAUUGAGACUGAGAGAGAUGCAUACAUACGAGAAUGUAAAGAGGCUAGCACUCGUGUGGAGGAACUCGAGUCCAAGGUGAAGGAGAUGGCUGAUCAGCUUUCGGAAACUGCCAAGCUACCCGAGAAGCUUAUGCACGUUUUUAGCGAGUUGAAGGCCACACAAGACGAGCUGUUUAGCUUGGAAACUGACCUCGCGCGUGCAAGAGACUCGGAGCUCAAGGCCUUAACGCAAGCGGAAUUGAUGGAGACUGCUUUCACCAUGGAAAAAGAGAGGACGGAAGAGCUAGUGAGACAUGUCGCAGAUCUCAAAGAUGCAAUAUUCAUGUCAAAAGAUGCUGCCAUUGAGGCGGAGAAUGAGAAGUCGGCAAUGUUGUCAGAGAAAGAUGCUGAGAUUGAGUUAGCUACACAAGCUGCUCUUAAAGCACAGGAGCAGGUAGAAGACAUGAGAACACAAACACUAGCUGUUCAGGAGUUGGAGAAUCAGCUCCUUUCCAAGUCUGAGUGCAUUGAAAUGCUUAAAUAUGAGAUCAAUGAACUAAAUGAUAAACUCGUUUUGUCCGAGAAGUCUGCUUCUGAUGCUAUCGAUAAUAUGAAAGUGGUACAGGAAGAGUUGGAAGGGAAAGAACGAAAGAACCUGGAUCAGGAAGUUUUGAUUGAGUCACUUGAAAUGGAAUUGAACAAGUUAAAACAAGAGUUGAUAAAUGCUAAUGAAGUGGCUAAUGGCUUGAAGGUUGAUGUUGAACUUUUAACCGGCGAGUUACUGCAUGCAAGAAGUGAGAUUGGCGAGAUCAAACAAAGGGAAAGCAAUGCACUAGUGGAAAUAGCACUGCUGGAAUCUGAGCUGCAUAGAGGAAGGUCAAAAAUUGCAGCAGCUGAAGCAGCCGAAGCAAGAAAGGAGAACAUGAAGUCAGGGAUGUAUCUUGCAAUUCAGGAACUAGCAAUAGAAGCCGAAAAUGCCAAGAAGGAGAACAGAAUGUUAAAACAAGAAGUUGAUGGGGUAGAGGAAGAAGCUGAUGACGAACAAUUUCAGGAUGCUGAAGCUUCCGAAAUUGAAGAACUCAAGGCUGAAGUAGAUCAAGAAGAGAGGAACCAAAAGGAUGAUGCACAACUCAUAACAAUUUCUUUGAAGGAAUAUGAGUGCUUGAUUGAGAAGGCCGAGAAGGCUGAUCAAAUUCCUUUGUCAUUGGAGAAUGAACUCAGUUUUACAAGACAGUCAAGCUUAAGUGCCACAGAAGAUAAGUCUGAGUUGGAAAGGUUGAAGAAGGAGUUGGAGGCUGCUUCGGAAAAAGUAUCGCAUUUCAGGAGCCGAGCAGAACAGGCAGUUACGAGGGCUGAUCUUGCUGAGACAGCUAAAGCAGGACUUGAGGAUCAGAUAAGGCGAUGGAGAGAGCACAGGCAAAAGAGAAAGGCUGCUCUUAAUGCACUAAGGGAGGUAGCUGCUCCAAAAGAAUAUGGAUAUCAUGCUCCUCAAGAAUUUAGCCUUCCUGAAUACGAUGAAAUAGAAAAGGAAAACCCCCCACUAGGUCAGUUCGGUGAGGUCACUAGGGUUCUUGGAGACAUGGGUGAACCACCACAGGUGCAGCAAAAUAUUGUUGCAAACAUAUCUGAGCUUCUUAGCCUUGGGAAGAUGGACGUCACCGCAGGCAGUACUAGUGGCUAUUUUGAUGUGACCAUAAGACGUGAAGCAGCUUCCAUAGAUCUAAAUGUUGUCCCGGAUGAUGAGGCUUUUGAUGAUGAUAGGUCUACAAGGCCAGGAGGUAUUGAUUUAAACAUGGAGCCAAAUAAUAAUGAUUGCGAGAUGGAAUGGGGAGAUUGUUUGGAUAAUGAUAGGUUUACAAGGCCAAAAGAGGUAUUGAUUUAA